AUGUCAUAUUAUAAUUCUAAUAAUAAUUCCCCGUCGCAGUACUACCGUGAAAACGACAGCAAUUCGUUAAUUGAUUCACAGAAUUCCCAAUUGAAUAGACCAAAUGCAACUGCUAACGUUGACCAACCAACACUAGAUAACUGUAGCAGCAAUGCUAGUGCUGUUUUUUCUAGUUUGGACAAUGCUGGCAUUUUCAAUACUGAAUCUCAAAACGUACCCAAAAACUCAAGUAAAAAAGAUGACGAAAGACAAUUCAAAUUUUUUGCCAGGUCAUUUUUUGGUAUAUCACUAUUGUCAGCCAUUCUUAUUGUUUUGUUUGAAGCCUAUAUGUUUGCCGUGAUUAAUAUCCACCAUGAUAAGUUUGCAAAGGGCAAGUAUACGGAGAACUCGAUUUACUUUGCACUUUUUAUAUUUGCAGGGGUCUUCCAAGUGUUGAUAACAUUGAUAGCACUCUAUUCUCGUAACCUAUUGUUAUUAGUAUUUUUGAUGGGGUUUUACUGUUGCAUGCUGAUAUACACUGGUAUUCAAUACAAUGAAGUUAGUGACAAAAUAUCUGCAGUUUUGUUUGGUAAAUGGAAAACAGCAACAUUCGCUAUGAAUAUUGCAACUAUAUGUGUUCUUGCUGCAACCUUGGUCCUCCAAUCUGUAUUGUUGUAUUUUGGAUUGAGAAGAUAUGUAAGCUGGUUUACUUUCAAAAAAAUCGGAGCCAGUUUGGAACUUAAAAGAAUUUACACGUAUUUCCAAAUACAUCGUUCUAUAUUGAUGUUUGAUUUUUUCUUCUUUGCUGGGUUCACAAUCCAAUUCUUGGUUAUUAUGGUAAAAGAUAGAAAGUCUGUUGAGUUUAUUUUAACAGUAAUUGUGAUUCCAUUAACAAUAAUUUUGCUUUUCAUAAGUGAUAUAUCAGCAACCAGAGAAUUCAUUUAUGGAUCCAUAUUUGCAAUUGUUUUAUUUUUGUGUGGUAUUGCUUAUGUCCUUUUCAAAAUAAUAAGAUUGUACACGAAAUACACUUCAGCUUAUGAUUUGGCAAUUAGACCUGGUGAAUAUUUUAUGGGAAGAAAAUCAUUGUUGACAUUUGGUAUAAUAACUUUAGUAUUAUUGGUUGCAACAAUAGUGUUGGAGGUUGUUUCUAUUUGCAACUACGGGAAAGGGUUAUUGCCAUCAGUUAGUAUGUCAUAUAAGUGGAUACCUGGAUAUAACAAGUCUGGAACUGCUCAGGAGAUAAGUAUAAGUGAAGAUGAAAAGGAAGAAGGGGAUAAGAAUGGUGUUGAGAGACAGACUACUAAUAACAGUUUAUACAUUGACUAG